AUGCAUAUUUUAUUCACCACUACAGUUUUGCUUUUAACAUUGGUCAUCUGCAAUUGUCAAGACACUACUGCAAUAUCCACUAAUGGAUUAGAUUCAACAGUUUUAGACACAACUGAAGCUAGUACAGAUGUCGAUCAUUCAGUGCCAGCUGUUACAAGCACAAAUGAAAACAGUUUUAGUAAUAUCACCGAGCUUAGUGAAAAUCCAACUAUUGAAAGUUCCACUGCAAACGUUCCAACAGAUGAUAAGGCAACGGAUAUGACAAACUUUAUAACAUCUAUAACAAGUACAACAUCUACAAUAAGUACAACAUCUGCAGCAAUUACAACACUUGCCACGAAUAUUACAUCUGUAACAACUACAGUAUCUAUAACAACAUCUACAACAAGCGAAAUCCCAAUCGAACCUUCUUCAUCAACAACGAACUUAGGUCUAAUUCUUGGUCUAACAUUGGGUCUUGGUAUACCAGUGCUGAUUGCUGUUAGUGUUGGUAUCAUCUGGUAUUGCAAACGAGGAAAUGCAAAGACCGAUAGAGUGUAA